UUGGCUUUGACCCUCUUCGUAGUUCAUAUCCAUAGCAUGAGGCUGGUCGACGUGGACACACGUAGAGGUAUUGUCCAUUGAAGGUCAGUUUGCAUCGUGAGAAACCUGGUGAUCAAGAUAUACACUUUUUGAAAUGGGAGGGUUCUAAACUUACCUACCUCAUCUGGCAAAUUGUUAUCAUUUGACAAUGAAGAGUAAAUCAUUAUUUAUAGUUCUGCAUUUUCGCUCUCCAGUGAAAGAACAUCCUUCCUCUCAAGUUUCAAUUCAGAUCAAUACUCCAAAGAUCUCAACAUGAUUUCCAAGAUUCUCCCAGUCGCCGCUCUUGCUGGUGCAGCUAUGGCUGCUACCAGCUGUCCUCUCUCAGUUGAGAUUGCUGGCGCUGCUGGUCAUGUUGCUCAAGUCGCGAUCACCAACACUGGUGCCGAGACCCUCACUCUCUUCAAGGGUAACACCGUCUUGAGUGAACACGCUACUUUGGACGUCACAGCUGCUACAGCUGAUAAGGAUCUUGAAUUCAAGGGAGCUUUUGUCAACUACAAGCGUACCGGCCUUGCUGCUGAUAUGUUCCAAACUCUUCAACCUGGCGAGACUGUCACAACAUCUCUCAAUGUAGCCAAGACCUACAAUCUUGAAGGCCUUGACACUGUUGAUAUUACCGCUAUCCAAGGUUUCAGAUAUGUCAUUGGAGAACGUGCUCCAUCUGCGUUGAGCCAAACUACUCUUUGCGACGCUGUCAUCUCCAACACCGUCACUAUUACCCCUGAUCAAAGCAAGGUUGCAUCUGAUCUUGUCAGCAGAGACGAGCCAUUCCAUUCACGUAUCGCGAAGCGUGCCGUAACCUUCAGCGGUUGCAGCGCCGCUCGCACCAGCUCCCUCCAGACCACAGUUGCUGAUGCCAUCACAUUGGCCACCAAUGCUUACACUGCCGCUGGUACUGGUGCCGAUUACUUCACCACCUGGUUCAAGUCUAUCUCUGAGGAGAGUGCCGUUCGUGCCAUCUACACUGAUGUCAAGAACGUUCAAACCACAUCCCCAACGAUCUCUUGCACAGAUACCAACGGAGGUUGCUCUGACGGAAGUGCCUUGCUCUACACAAUUCCCAGCGCCAACGUCAUCGUUCCUUGCCCAAACAAUGGAUACUGGGGCUUUCCCGAGUACUCACCUACUUGCUCUAACUUCGAUUAUGAUCGUGCCGGAAGUCUCUUACAUGAGAUGACUCACUUGUACGGUACCCAGGAUUACGCUUAUGGACCAGCCGCUGCCAAGGCUUUGUCUGCUGCUCACGCUGCUAACAAUGCUGACACCUACGAGAUGUAUGCUGGAUCCGUUAGACUCGGUGGAUGCACUGGUUAAAUUCCUUAAAUACUGAGUGGAAUGUUGAAUUUAUUGAAGUGAUGAAGUGAUUAAAAUGACGGGUUCGAGAAGAACCUUUUACGAAUUGCAGAGAGGACGGCCUUCAUGAAUCCCCAGGCCUUUCUUUGAUAUUUGUUGUUGUAGUUAGUCGCAGC